AUGAAGCAUUCUAUUGAUCUGCCUACAGCAGAGAUCAUUGAAGAAAACGAUGCUACUGUCAAUACAAUGACGCAUCAAAUGUAUGCAUCAAGGAAUACCGAUGCUGCUGCAGGGGAUACUGUCAUUACCUGCAAAGAUGGUGCAGCAGACUCAACGAAUACCACACACAACAGUAGUAGCCAAAAGAGCAAUGGACUCGCAUCUUGGUAUCAUUUCAUCAUGGGAGACAUCUAUGCUUCAGAUGAUCCCAACCUGUAUUCCGAAAGGCGAAAGAAUGUCAUCAUUUUGCUGGUAGCCCUCAGUGGAAUUGCUGGACCAAUGUCCUCUAUGAUGUACAUGCCUGGUAUCUUGGCUGUAGUGCAGGAUCUGCAUACAACAACGUCUGCUGUCAAUGGCACAAUCUCGGCUUUCGUAGUGUUCAUGGGUAUAUCGCCGUUGGUUUGGGCCGCUUUGAGUGAUACGUAUGGCAGAAAACCAAUGUACAUCUAUAGUGGCAUCAUCAGUGUAGUCAGCUCUGUUAUCGGCGCUAAUUCUUCAAAUAUUGGCAUGUUGGUUGUAUUCCGUGCUUUGCAAUCUUUUGGUUCCAAUGCUGGUUUGACGCUGGGCGCUGGUGUUAUUGCAGAUAUGAUCCCUGUUGAAUCUAGAGGCAAAGCGUAUGGCGUAUUUUACACGGGUCCUUUACUAGGUCCUGUCAUUGGUCCUACUAUUGGCGGCUUCCUGUGUCAAUACCUGGGCUGGAGAUCCACGUUUUACUUUACUGCCAUCUUGUGUGGUGUUUUGCUCAUUUUCACAGCAUUCUUCUUACCAGAGACAAUGAGAAAGCAGCGGCCUUCACCAGAAAAGCCAAUGGACGAUAGCUUGUCUUCUACCAGCACUACCGUUCAAGUCAAGUCCAAAUUCGCAUCUUCCUCCCUUUUGACAACACUCUACCACAGUUUCCGUCCAAUGGUCACCAUGUUGUACGACCCCAACGUCAUCCUUUUAAUGCUAUUCAACAGUGUCAUCUUUGCCAGUCUGUACAUUUUGAAUCCUACCAUCACUCAGACAUUCAAGCAGAUCUACGGUUACACUGAGUGGCAGACAGGCCUGUGCUAUCUGUCCCUGGGCGCUGGAUUCAUGAUUGGAUCCAUUGUCAGUGGACGUCAUUCGGAUUAUGUCUUGAAGCAACUCGCCAAAAAGAAUGCAGAUGGCAAAAAGGUCAUUUCUGAAAUGCGGUUGCAAGCUGCAGUGCCAUCGUUUUUUCUUAUGCCUGCAGGUUAUUUGAUUUAUGGUUGGACUACAGAGAAGCAAGUAGGUGUCUAUGCUCCUCUUAUUGGUUUGUUCAUCUAUGCAAUGGGUCAAAUGUGGGCUUUCACACCUACAAGUGUGUAUCUCGUGGAUGCUAAACCAGGGUAUUCGGCAACUGCAGUUGGUGUCAACAGCUGUGUUCGUUGCAUAUUUGCUGCCAUCACCACGGUAUUCUCGAGCGCUGCUGUAGACGGCUUAGGAAAUGGCAUUAUGUUUACCAUUUUGGCAGUGAUUGGUAUUCUCAACGGAGGCUUCAUUAUUGCUUGCUACCUGAAAGGCACCAAAUGGAGAAGGUCAUUUGAGCAAAAGCAUAUGCCUGAUUUAUACAUUUUGAACAACCCUGACUUGGCUGACGUUUCUGAUCUGGACAAGAGCGACAAGGCUGACUUUGCCAAGCAAAAUGAAGACCAAGAACUUGAAAAGAUACACACUCAACAUAGCGCAUGUAUUGCUUAA